AUGUCACUCAGUGCCCUGGCCUGCUGUGGAGAGAUUGUACAGUUCAAGUUGUCAGAUAUUGGAGAGGGCAUCGCUGAAGUCAGCGUUAAGGAAUGGUAUGUCCAGGUAGGAGACAAGGUGUCCCAGUUUGACUCCAUCUGUGAGGUUCAGAGUGACAAGGCCUCCGUUACCAUCACAAGCAGAUAUGAUGGGAUUGUCCGCAAGCUUCACUACGAUGUGGAGGACAUAGCAGCUGUGGGUAUGCCACUGGUGGACAUAGAGACAGCUGGGGAAGGAGAGGACAGCGCACAGUCGGAGGUCACCAGUGACACGUCCUCAUCAGACGAGGACUCGGGACACAAACACAUGCAUCAGCAGGUCAAAGGUCAGAAGGUCAUGGCCACGCCAGCUGUCCGCAGACUCGCCAUGGAGAACAAGAUUGACUUGUCAGACGUCCUAGGAACAGGCAAGGAUGGGAGAAUACUGAAGGAGGAUGUCCUGAACUUCCUGGCAGGAACCCAGCCGCCGAAAAUUGAUCCAGAUGUGAAACCAUCCCUCACCCCAGCUGCACCCUUCUACCCCACCCCUGAAAUCGUACCACCCCCACCCUCUACCCCUACCCCUACCCCCACCCCUGCACCCAAACCCCUGCCAGUGGCUGCCGUGCCGACUGCAGUUGGAGAGGACAAAGUCGAACCAAUCAAAGGCUUCAGGAAGGCCAUGGUGAAGUCCAUGACCCUGUCCCAGUCCAUCCCACACUUCGGCUACUGUGACGAGGUAGACAUGACAGCGCUGGUAGAGUUACGGGCAGAACUGAAGGGAGCAGCAGAGCAGUAUGGAGUCAGGCUAUCCUUUAUGCCUUUCUUUAUCAAGGCUGCUUCCAUGGCACUUCUACAGUAUCCAGUCUUGAACGCAACUGUUGACGACAAGUGUGAAAAUAUGACAUUGAAGGCAUCUCACAAUAUUGGCCUGGCCAUGGACACAGCCAAUGGUCUGGUGGUGCCCAACGUGAAGAAUGUCCAGUGCCUGUCUGUACUGGAGGUGGCUGCAGAAUUAAACAGGCUCCAAAGUCUGGGGCUGCAGGGCAAGCUUGGAUCCGGGGACCUUACAGGAGGGACUUUCACACUUUCUAAUAUAGGAGCGAUUGGAGGUACCUAUGCCAAACCUGUCAUUAUGCCUCCUGAGGUGGCGAUAGGAGCACUGGGCAAGGUGCAGGUGUUGCCCAGAUUUGGCGCUACUGGUGAAGUCUACGCUGCUCACAUCCUAGCUGCAAGUUGGUCGGCCGACCACCGCGUAAUCGACGGAGCCACGAUGGCACGAUUUUCCAACCUCUGGAAAUCCUACCUAGAAAAUCCUGCCUCAAUGCUGCUGCACCUCAAGUAGAAAUAGAUAGGGGGCGCUGUGAAUCCACUGAGAGUUUGAUGGCAGUAAGAUGAGAGGUUUCUCCAAGUCGAACUGAAAGUCCUUCCUAGAAAAUUCAGCCUCCAUUUUGCUGCACCUCAAGUAAGAAUACAUAGGAGAUGCUGUGAAUCCACUGAGAGUUUGAUGGCAGUAAGAUGACAGGUCCAAGUCGAACUGAAAGUCCUUCCUAGAAAAUUCAGUCUCCAUUUUGCUGCACCUCAAGUAGGAAUCCAUAGGGGACACUGUGAAUCCACUGAGAUUUUGAUGGCAGUAAGAUGACACAUUUCUCCAAGUCAAACCACUGAAAAUUGAGACAUCUUCAGACCAA